CCGGCCCCCGGGGUGGAGCCGCGCACGGAAGGGAUUUAGCCGCACGGCGCGGCCGCGGCCGGGAGCCGAGCCGGAGCAUGGCAGCCUGCAGGAACAUCGUCAUUUUCGGGGCCACCGGCAUGACCGGCCUGGCGACCCUGGCGCAAGCCCUCCGGGCGGGGUACCAGGUGACGGUGCUGGUGCGCGACCCGGCGCGGCUGCCCCCGGAGCACCGGCCGGCGCGGGUCGUGGUGGGCGACGUGCUGAACCCGCCAGACGUGGACAAGGCGAUUCAGGGGCAGGACGCCGUGAUCAUCAUCCUGGGCACCCGCAACGACCUGAGCCCCACCACCAUGAUGUCCGAGGGCACCAGGAACAUAGUGGCGGCCAUGAAGGCCCACGGGAUCCGGAAGGUGGUCGUGUGCCUGUCGGCUUUCCUGAUGUGGGACCUGAAGAAGGUGCCAGCCAAGCUCCUGCCAGUGACGGAGGAUCACAUCCGCAUGCACCAGAUUCUGCAGGAGUCGGGGCUGGACUGCGUCUCCGUCAUGCCGCCCCACAUCGCCGACGACCAGCCGCUGACCGGGGACUACACGGUGACGGUGAACACGUCCGGCGGUGCCCGGGUCAUCUCCAAGCACGACCUCGGCCACUUCUUCCUGAAAUGCCUCACCACCUCGGAGUACGACGGGAAGAGUGUCUAUCUCUCCAGGAACUACCCCAAGGUGUGAGGGUGCCAGGCCCCCGCUGGGAGCCACCCACCAGCCCUGCCCCUGCCGCUUGGAUCCAGCCGCCUGCCGCCACUGAGCCGUAACCUCGCCGCCUGCUCCGGAUCUGGGGGGCUCAGCCCAGCUCCAAGCUGCUAUCGCAGCGCAAGUGUGGCUGGCUGGGCCCCUGGAUAGGGGGCCAAAUGAGCCAGAGUCUGGAUUCAAUUCUGUCCUCCACGGCCCCGGGCGGGAGAGAAAAUUCCGCCUCCAGCCCCCCGGUGCCUUUCCGCAGGUCAAUCCGCCGAGCUCCUUCGGGGCCAGUGCUCGACCCCAUCUGGGGAGCUGCCCUGCUAACCCCAUGGCGACCCCUUGCGGCCGAGCCCAGGCCUCGGGAUGCCUUUGAUAUUUGGCUGUGGCUUGCUUCUCGCUGGCAGCAGGAGCUGCCACCCCCGCACCACGCGGGGACCAGUAAAGAUUUCCUAUUUUCUGAGA